GUACCAGCAUGGAGGAGACGGAGAUCGCCACGGAAAAUAAAUCAAAUCCUUUUAAGUCCUUAAUAGCAGGUGGCGUGGGUGGAAUGUGCAUGGUGCUGGUUGGAUAUCCCUUGGACACAAUAAAGGUUCGCCUUCAAACCAUGCCCACGCCAUUGCCCGGUCAAUCUCCCCGAUAUAAGGGAGUGGUGGAUUGUACGGCCCGGAUCUUUCGGCAAGAGGGUUUCCGUGGAUUCUGCAAAGGAAUUUCUGCUCCCCUGAUGGCGGUGACUCCCAUCUUUGCCGUGGACUUAGCGGUCUAUGCAGCGGUAAAAAGAUUUUUCCAAAAGGACGACCGCGUAGCGAUCACCUAUCCGCAGAUCUUCAUCGCCGGAGCCGUGGCCGGAGUUUGUACGGGUCUCGUCACAGUGCCCAGUGAUCGGAUAAAGAUUCUGCUACAGACACAGUCCGUGUCCAAAGGACCACAACUCUAUCAUGGAACCAUGGACACAGCCAUAAAGCUCUAUAAGCAAGGUGGGAUUAGAAGCCUCUUCAAAGGAACCUGUGCCUGCAUUCUGAAAGAAUCGCCCACCGGAAUUUAUUAUGUGACCUACGAGUUCCUCCAGGAAUUGGCCAGAAAGAAUUCCAAGACUGGGCAGAUCAGCGCCACUUCAACAAUUCUUUCUGGCGGAACGGCUGGAAUUGUGUUUUGGACUUUGGCCGUGCCCUUCGAUGUACUUAAGAGCCGCCUACAGUCAGCACCUGAGGGCACUUACAAGCACGGCAUUCGAAGCGUUUUCAGAGACCUAAUGGCCACAGAAGGUCCCAAAGCUCUAUUCCGCGGAAGUGUACCAAUUUUACUAUUAGCCUUUCCAACCGUCGCCGCAUUUUUCUCUGGCGUGGAGCUAACCAAUGCUUUAUUAAAAUCUAAGACUUAAGGAUGUUUACC